AUUUAUUUCAAAAAUAGAAGAAGUACUGAAUGACUGGAAACUUAUUGGGAUUUCUUCAGGCAAACCUCUAGAGAAGGGUAUAUUUACCACAGGAACAUGGGAAGAGAAAUCAGAUGAAAUUUCAUUUGCAGACUUCAAAUUCUCAGUUACCCAUCAUUAUCUUGUACAAGAGCCCAGUGACAAAGAUGGGAAAGAAGAGCUGGGAGAAGAUGCCCUUCCUCUGCCAAUGCAGGACUUGCUGUGCAUGAACAAUGACUUUCCUCCUCGAGCCCACUGUCUGGUGAGAUGGUACGGCCUACGUGAGUUUGUGGUUAUUGCUCCGGCUGCGAAUAACGAUGCUGUUAUCAGUGAAUCCAAGUGCAACCUCUUGCUGAGCUCCAUUUCCAUUGCACUGGGCAACACUGGCUGUCAGGUGCCCCUGUUCGUGCAGAUCCACCACAAGUGGCGCCGGAUGUACGUGGGCGAGUGCCAGGGCCCGGGCGUGCGCACCGACUUCGAGAUGGUUCAUCUGCGCAAGGUGCCCGGCCAGUACACCCACCUGUCGGGGCUGCUGGACAUCUUCAAAACCAAGAUUGGCUGCCCUUUAACACCUCUGCCUCCAGUGAGCAUGGCUAUUCGCCUGACCUUUGUGCUCCAGGACUGGCAGCAGUACUUCUGGCCACAGCAGCCACCAGAUAUAGAUGCUCUAGUUGGGGGAGAAGUUGGAGGCCUGGAAUUUGGGAAGUUACCAUUUGGUGCUUGUGAAGAUCCUAUUAGUGAGCUGCAUUUAGCUACAACAUGGCCUCACCUUGCAGAAGGGAUAAUUGUUGACAACGAUGUUUAUUCCGACCUGGAUCCACUUCAAGCACCCCAGUGGUCUGUGAGAGUUAGAAAAGCAGAUAACCCUCAGUGUCUAUUGGGGGAUUUCCUUACUGAGUUCUUCAAGCUGUGCCGGCGGAAGGAGUCAACAGAUGAGAUCCUUGGAAGGUCUGCAUUUGAUGAGGAAGGAAAAGAGGUUGCUGAUAUCACCCACGCGCUGUCAAAGCUCACAGAGCCAGCACCAGUCCCAAUCCCCAAACUGUCAGUCACAAACAUGGUUCACAGUGCCAAGAAGAAGAUCCGCAAGCACAGAGGUGUGGAUGAGUCUCCUCUGAACAAUGAGGUGCUCAACACCAUUCUCCUGUUCUUAUUUCCUGAUGCUGCUGACAAACUUGGAGAUGUAUUUGAAAACAGAGCCAGCACUUCAGCAGGAAACAAUCCUCCUCCAGAGAAUGAAGAUUAUAAUCUCUUCAGCCAGUUUAAGUCUGCUCCAUCUGACAGUCUGACAUACAAAUUAGCUUUAUGUCUUUGUAUGAUAAACUUCUACCAUGGAGGAGUCAAAGGAGUGGCACAUCUUUGGCAAGAGUUUGUGCUGGAAAUGCGUUACAGAUGGGAGAACAACUACCUUAUCCCAGGAUUAGCUAAUGGCGCUCCAGAUCUCAGAUGUUGUUUACUGCACCAGAAACUCCAGAUGCUAAAUUGUUGCAUUGAAAGGAAGAAAGCAAGAGAUGAGGGGAAAAGGGGGAGCAUGUCUGAUCGUUCUCCUGGUGGUGCUUCUGGUGACGGUGCCAAAGGAGGAGAGCACUCUGGAGAGAACCCUGACAAGGAAAAAGAAUUUGGCAAGUCUUGGGAAUCUUGGAGUGACAGUGAAGAGGAGUUUUUUGAAUGCCUUAGUGACACAGAAGAUCUUAAAGGAAAUGGACAGGAAAAUGGCAAGAAAGGAGCAAAAGAGUCUGUAAACUUAAAACCAGAAGGUCGUUUGCACCCACAUGGAAAACUGAUGCUGCUGCACCCAGGAGAGCCUCUCUACGUUCCCAUAACGCAGGAGCCGGCCCCCAUGACCGAGGACCUGCUGGAGGAGCAGUCGGAGGUGCUGGCCAAGCUGGGCACGUCGGCGGAGGGCGCUCACCUGCGGGCGCGCAUGCAGAGCGCCUGCCUGCUCUCGGACAUGGAGUCCUUCAAGGCAGCUAACCCUGGCUGUUGCCUGGAGGACUUUGUGAGGUGGUACUCACCCCGGGACUACAUCGAGGAGGAGGUGAUUGAUGAGAAGGGGAACAAAGUCAUCAGGGGCGAGCUGAGCGCCCGCAUGAAGAUCCCCAGCAACAUGUGGGUGGAGGCCUGGGAGACAGCAAAGCCAGUCCCAGCACGGAGGCAGAAGAGGCUUUUUGAUGACACCAGGGAGGCUGAGAAGGUACUUCAUUACCUUGCAGUUCAGAAACCAGCUGACCUUGCAAGGCAUCUCCUGCCUUGCAUCAUCCAUGCAGCUGUACUCAAGGUAAAGGAGGAAGAAGCAGUAGAAGAUAUAUCUUCAGUUAAGAAGAUUAUCAAGCAGAUAAUAUCCCAUUCCAGCAAAGUGCUACGGUUUCCCAGUCCAGAGGACAAGAAGUUGGAAGAAAUCAUUGCUCAGAUUAUGAGUGUGGAAGCCAUCAUUGCCAGGGCAAGGUCUCUCAAAGCAAAAUUUGGGGUAGAGAAAUGUGAAAAUGAAGAGGAGAAAGAAGAUCUACAAAGAUUUGUAAACAGUCUCCUGGAGCAGCCAGAAGUGUCAGUGGUUGGUGCAGGAAGAGGACCUGCUGGCAGCAUCAUUCACAAGCUGUUUGUGAAUGCUCAGAGGCUGACUGAAUCUUCUGAUGAGGUGCCCGCGCCGCUGGAGGAGGAGCUGCGGCGCUCGGGCUGUCCGGAGGAGCGCAGGCAGGGCGUGCAGUCGGAGUUUCCCCCGCCCGCGGGCCGGGAGGUGAUCCUGCGCGCCUCGGUGCCCCGGCCCGCCCCCUACUCCAAGGCGCUGCCGCAGCGCAUGUACAGCGUGCUGACCCGCGAGGAUUUCCGCCUGGCCGGCGCCUUCUCGGCCGACACCACCUUCUUCUGACGCGGCCGCGCCGGACUCGCUGCUGCGGAGCUGCUCCCAAGGACUUGGUUCGGCCGCCACAGCUCAGCUCCGAGGUUUGGAAUGGCUGCAGGAGUGGUUUCAAACUCUCUGUCCCAAGGGAGCAUCUCUUCCUUUCCUUGCAUUAGCUUAAUUACGGACCUGAAUGGGCUGUGUGCAAAUAUUCAUGUUGAAAUUGAUGCAGAAUGUGCUGCUUUACACUUCAGGAUCAGACUUUAUCAAGUGACGUUAGUCUACUUAAAUCGAUAUAUAUAAAAACAUUAAGUAAUUUAUAUUUAUUACUAAUCAUAAUCACAGAGCCCAGUAUUUUUUGGUUAAUCACUGUUUCAAGUGCUUCUGAAAUAUCCUUAUUUUUAUUUAAAGUGUACAGUUCAUACUCUAGUUUGUGCUAAAGUCUCCUGGUUGUCCAGAUCUCUUCACUUCUCCCAGAAGACAGAACUAAGUGGACAGUGAGUCUGACUGACAGCCUGCAGUGCAUCACUGAGGUGAGGGAUACUCUGUAUCCUUCCCUUGGUGCAAGGGCCAAAGCUGGAUGGCAGUGACACCCCGGACGUGUUUCACUGUGAGCAACUCCCUGGUGUUCACCCAGGCUAUUUGUCUGCACUCCCUGUCAUCCAUGGGACAGGAGGGGACAGCUCUGUCACCUCUGGCCCCUCACCCCACCUGUGCCAAUGUUGCUUUACAGUGACCUUCAUCUGUCUGAAUGAGAAUCAGCAGAUCAGCGUUACUUUACAGAUGUACAAACAGCUACAGUAUUGUGAACAUCACUCAAUAAAUAUGAACGUGCUGUUGGCUCUCAGUA